AUGGAAACGGACAUUUCACGUCUGGCAGGGGAGGCCCUACUGUUAAACAGGCCUUUGGCUUCCCUCCUCCUGACGGAGCGUGUAUGCCCGAUCUGUGUCGUACAGCGCCUGGCUGGCGAAAGUGAUGACGUUCGGGUGAAGGGGGAACAGAAACCGUACGAGAGCAUGGAGGCAUUGAGGGCAUUGAUCCUAUCCCUCGAAGGUGGAGCACUCGAGGCUAUGGCCAUAGCCCACAACCAAGAAAUGCAUGCCCUCAACGGCAACAUUAACUUCUCUGUCACACAUGAUACCUCGAGAGCAGAUGUGAUGGCUGCAGCUUUGACGAGGGCUACGCGUGGCGUGCGUCAUCGGCAUGCCAUACAGGUGGAGACGGAGCGACGCCUCCGUGUCGCACAAGAGGAGGUACCGAUGUUGGUCUAUACCAGCAACGUAGCUAACGGGGUGGGGUUGGUUAGUGCCCCGCCCACGAGACAUCAGAUCUUCUGGUUUUACGGGAGUUUGGCGCAACCCGUGACCGCAGACGCAUCGCCUCGCCGCGCCUCAGGGUGUGACGACUUUAGUGACGGUUCGCCAGUAAGGAGCAUCCUGGAAACCACCGAGUGGGGCCUACCCUUGAAGGUACCGCGUAUGGCACGUGUCGUACCGGAACUUGAUAACGAGUUCCCACUCGUUAUCAAGUUCCGGUGUGUGGUGUUCCGGUGUUCCAAGUUCCAAGUGGCGAUGAUAUCUACUCGCCAUUUAGAUGAGGUGAUGCACCGGCAAACUAGGGCAGUAGGGCUAGCGAACGGGCAGUCAUGGUGCAUAGACGACCCGAGUGUUGCUGUUGUGGUACUGGACUACGGGUCAGGCAACCCGCAGCUCAUGUGGGCGUUACAGCUUGUAUUGGCGGCACCCUAUCCGUUGGUUGAGGUGGAUGAACUCUUUGUAGUCACGGGGCCCGAGGGAGCGUCUGACCGCCAUGAGACGCAACGAAUGUUGCGUUACCAUCGAUAA